AUGGCGGCGACUACCACGGCGCCAGCGGUUGUGGCCGGGUCCACCAGCGCGGAUUUCUCCGACCUGCGCGGGAUCAAGAAGCAGCUGCUGGACGUGGCGGAGCGGAGCCGGGAGCGCGGCCUGCAGCACAGCGGGAAGUGGUGAGGAGGCCGCGGCGGUGGCGGAGAAAGGGCUGCGCGUGCUCUCUACUGAGUCGCGGGAGGGCUGCGUGCAGGGUCUCCGGCAGAACGGGGGCUCCGCAGGCUGCAAGGGGCGCUCUGGGGCGACGGGAUGCUGUCGCCGUAGGGAAGGGCGAGGAAUAAAAGACCUCGGCAGCGUGCUCUUUGGCAUGGCCAGGUGUCAUUCGGCUAUUGCACAGCUGAAUUAUAGUAGGGGGCUGACUGUCUGUUUUUGGGGAGCGCCGUUCUGCUAGUUACUAAGGUUGCUUAAGUAUUAUGGCUUAUGAUGGGUCUGUGCACAAUGUGCACACUGAAGUGCCAGCUAUAUCGGGCUGCAGGCCGCCUGCCAUGUGAGGAUGUAUGAGCAGUGCUGGAUUUACAUAUAGGCUAAACAAGCUAUAGCUUAGGGCCCCACUCGCUUGAGGCCCCCCAAAAAAAUUAAAUUAAAAAAACUGGACGUACAUUUCCAAAAUACAAGCUAAAAAACAAAUAAAAUAAAACCUACAUACAGCAUCAGUGUUUUGUGUUGUGUAUGGACCUGUUAGAUCCAUAAAUUACCAUAUAGCAUAUAUUCAACACAAAAAACAGCAACAAUUUGUUGUUGACAAAGGACAGCUGGACAUAUAAAGGGCCCCAUUACCUUCAGUAGCUUAGGUCCGCAUCAAACCUAAAUCCAGCCCUGUGUAUGGGAAGUCUGUGCAUGCUAUUGUCCAUGUUGGGGAACCUUAGUCCUGGGGGCCAAAUGCAGCUCAUCAAGCUGCUGUGUCCUGCUCUUGAAACUGCCUGCUGGCUAUGGCUCUUUCCCAGGCUACACACUGCUAUGGCCCUCCUCUAUGUCCUCAAGGGUUUUUGCCUGGAUGCAGUGAGCCUGGAAACAUAGGAGGCUGCCUGUUGUACAAAGGUGAGAGUCACAUUAGUUGUGCCUCCCACUCUUUGCCUCUACACACACACACCCACGCACACACACCCCAGCAUCAUGCUGCCCCCGGAAAGUUGCAUAUGAGGGAAAAUGGCCCUUGUACAGAAAAAGGUUCCCUUCCCCUGUUGUAUGUAAUGAGUACAGUGGUACCUCUGGUUACAUACGUAAUUCGUUCCGGAGGUCCGUUCUUAACCUGAAACUGUUCUUAACCUGAGGUACCACUUUAGCUAAUGGGGCCUCCUGCUGAUGGUGCGCAAUUUCUGUUCUCAUCCUGAGGUAAAGUUCUUAACCCGAGGUAUUACUUCCGGGUUAGCAGAGUCUGUAACCUGAAGUGUUUGUAACCUGAAGCGUUUGUAACCCGAGGUACCACUGUAUAGUGAGCCAGACUGGCAGAAAGUGGUGUUUUUUAAGCUGCAGUGGGCUUUCUUGUUGUAGGGCCUCAGAGCUGGCUUUUGCCCUGGACCCUCUGCCCUUUAAUGAGCUGCCUCCUGCACCUGAACUCACAGAGGUACGUACGGGAGGAGGGCUCGUUUUUGCAACACAUAAAACAUGAGGCUGCUCUGAUGUAUUAUCCUAUAAAAUCAUAACUUUAAAUGUUGUGGCAAUUGAAAACAGUAAUGCUUAGAAAAAAGACAAGCAGGCUCCAUUUGCAAGUCAGUUUGCAUUUCUAAUCCACUUGAAGGCUUUACUCGUUUAAGGAAGGGAUGAGAGAAGUGUACGUUUAUUUAAUGCUCAGUUCUUUGUAGCUGAGUUGGAGGGAAGGGUUCUGGCUGCAAUCCAAAGAUUAGAGGACCCUUGGUUCCCAAUAUUGCUUCUAGCAGUGCUAGGGUCACUUGCCAGGCAAACAAUUUUUAAUGCAACCAGUUUGCUUUCUUAGGGUCCCUUCUUUUUAGCUUGUGUGGGCUUAAUCUCUCCCCCUUUGCUCUCUUGUCAUCAAGGCUUAAAAUAUCAUAAAAUUAAACUGAUUUUCUAUUAUUCUCAGAGAAGCUCAUAUUGUAGUAGAGAAUAGGAAUUUGGUCAGCCAGACGUCAUUUGAGAACUGCUGUUUUCAACCCUGUAUUUUGUCUUUCAGUGGAAACCAGAAGCAAGAAAAGCAUUUGCUUUUGUUACUUGACAAAUGAAGGUGUCUAAGGAAUUCAUUACAUUGGAAUUUAACUUUUUAAUUUCUUGUCCUUAGGAGGAUGCUCGUGACUUGGAUGCCUACACCCUUGCUAAAUCUUACUUUGAUCUGAAAGAGUAUGACAGGGCUGCUUACUUCCUCCGGGGCUGCAAGAGCCAGAAGGCCUAUUUCCUAUAUAUGUACUCCAGGUACCUGGUGAGUUAAUAAGAUAAAUCAGUUCCCAUUCCUUGAUUUCCUCCUCCUCUUCAUAAAGAUUAUGUGAUAUAUCUAGAAAGUGAAGUUUUUUUCUUUUUGCUUCUAGUAGCUGGACCCAUGUCAUGUCUAAGUGAACAUCUCAUGAUAGAAAAUUGCUGGUUCUUAAAAUUCUUUUAAAAAUUUGUUUGUUUGCAGUCAGGUGAAAAAAAGAAGGACGAUGAAACAGUGGAUAGUCUGGGUAAGAAACCAACACACAACUUUCUCCAGUUUGGAUUUUAACGAUUGAUUCACGGUUUCCAAGACUACAAAUUAUUUUUUCUUCAACUAUUGAUUAAUUUUUUUAAAGAAGAAAAUGCAAAACAUGAGCAAAAUUUAACUGUUAAAUAAAUUUCCCUUUCCCCAUCAUACAUUGUUCUAUAUUUAAGCUAGUUUAGCAUCUGUCUAAAGCAGUAGUCCUCAAAAAGUUUUGCAAUAGUACCACCAUUUUCUUUAAACAAAAAUUUGGCAGAAUCUUUGCAGUACAAUAUGUAAAAAUGGUUUUAUAAACACGUACUGCUAAUAGUACCAAAUAACAGAUUACUCUGUUUACAGGUCCAUUGGAAAAGGGGCAGGUGAAGAAUGAAGUUCUAAGAGAGCUACGGGUAGAGCUUAGCAAGAAACGCAAAGCCAGAGAGCUGGAUGGAUUUGGCCUUUAUCUGUAAGCACUGAAGUGAUGCACUAAUGACAUAUUGUAGGGAAUAGCCAUAUGUUUACAUCCAGGUAUGAUGAAGUUGGGAUUGUGAAAUGAAUAGAGAUUCUUAUAUGUUUGUGUGCAUGCAAUUCACCACACAAAAUGUCAGACUAGGGCAUGGGGAUGGCAUAGGCUCUUGCCCUAGUAGUGUUUCUCUUACUCUUUCUCUGUACCCCCCUAGGUAUGGAGUUGUGUUGCGAAAGCUGGACCUGGUGAAAGAGGCCAUUGAUGUAUUUGUUGAAGCUACCCAUGUUUUACCAUUGCACUGGGGGGCCUGGCUGGAGCUUUGUAACUUGAUCACAGACAAAGAAAUGGUAAUUUGCGGGAUUCUUGGGUGCAGGUGUGUGAUGAUUGCUGCCCUGGAUUUCUUUGGGAGGAAAGGCAGGAUAAAAAUUCAGAUCCGGCCACUAUUUUCUGGUACUAUUUGAUCCAUGAACUAUCAUGAGGUCAAUACAGUAUUUGGUGGUUUUUCUGAUUUGGAAUACUUGAAUUUGCCAGCAAAUCUUAAGUAAUUCAGUAGCACUUGGAGGUGUUAGCAUUCUUUCCAUUGAGUGGGUAGAGAGAGCUGAGCCCAUGUUGUAACCUUUCCUGCAGUUCUUGGGGGCUGCUGUAGACUGCUUCUCUAAACGUGUCCCUCUUUGUUUGUGGUUGCUGCCAGCUGAAGUUCCUGUCCUUGCCAGAUACCUGGAUAAAGGAGUUCUUCCUGGCACACAUCUACACAGAGCUGCAGCUGAUAGAUGAGGCCUUGCAGAAGUACCAGAGUCUUAUUGAUGCAGGAUUUUCGAAGAGCACCUACAUUAUCUCUCAGAUUGCAGUGGCCUAUCACAAUAUCAGAGGUCAGUGAAUCCUUCCAGAUUUGGGCCUUCUGGUGUUUUGUUUCCUGCUUUUUUCCUCAGUGCCUGCCUUUCUCUUUCCUCAGAUAUUGAUAAAGCUUUGUCCAUCUUCAAUGAACUAAGAAAACAAGACCCUUACAGGAUAGAAAAUAUGGACACCUUCUCUAAUCUGCUCUAUGUCAGGGUGAGUACUUUUUUUCUCAAUCUGAAAUACGUUAUAGGUUGAGUAGUGGGUGGUGUGGGCAGGAUGGAGUUGCUUAGCAGUCUUCCCAAAGCCAUGGUACUGAAGGGGAGAGUGGGAGGGAGCAGGGAGCUUGGCACAGUGGGAGGAGCACUGGAUUGGCUGAGCUGCUCUGUCUGUAUUGUGCUGAGUUCCCUGCUGCCUGACGUCUUGGUAACUGGCAGCAAUGCAUUGCAUUGGGGAGCCAGGUAGGCAGUCACUUCCUGUACUACCAUGCUGGCCGCUGCUGCAUAUGACCCUACCUCAACCUUAAAUUGCUCGCAAUCCUUCAGUUUGUGUAGAGAACUUUUCUGUCUAUAUCCCUUAAACUUACUCAUGUUUUCUUAGCGGUAAACCCCAGUAGGGAAAUUUGGUCUGUAAGGAAAUAACAGCAUUGCACUAUCAAGUGAAAGUAUAUAACGGCAAACAGAAUCAGGUAACAUUUGCUACAGGGAGAUGUUCCAGUUGCCUGGAACCGGUUUGUGAAGUUAUUCUGGAUAUUGUAUGAAAUUGCCAAGUCUUUGGUAGUCCCUGUUGCUGAUGACUUCCAAACAUCCCAAGAUUUGUUGUUCUCGUUGGACUCUCCUAGUUCAGACAAUCUAGUGACUGAUUUUGUGGCUUGAAAUGCUGUUCCUUCUUUCUUUUCAUGCACUGGUGUUACAAGAGUGUGUUUCCAUCCCUGCAGUUCCACCCCCACCCACCGGUUUCUGUCCUUAAGCUUACCACUUUCCUUUAUCCCACUAGAGUAUGAAGCCUGAACUGAGCUAUUUGGCCCACAACCUAUGUGAGAUUGACAAGUACCGUGUUGAGACCUGCUGUGUGAUUGGUGAGAGGCCUUGCUUGCUUGAAGAGGGAUGGGAGGAAGCUGCAGGACAUGAUCCUCUUUCACAUGAAAGGGUGUUAGCAGAGUUGUUGUUUCCCAGUCCCUGGCUGCUCUCUGCUCACUUUUCAUUGUGCUUUUGCCAUAGGGAACUACUAUAGUUUGCGCUCACAGCAUGAAAAAGCAGCUCUCUACUUCCAGAGAGCGUUGAAGCUGAAUCCUCGAUACCUUGGAGCGUGGACCCUCAUGGGACACGAAUAUAUGGAAAUGAAAAACACAUCAGCAGCUAUUCAGGCAUAUAGGUGCGUGUGCAGAUGCCUUCCAAAAACGAAGGCUUACUUCUGGUUACCACCUAGGGUGGGGAGUACUUUUAACAAGAUCUUUUUCUAUUGUUGUUACUCUCCCAAUUGAUUCUGCUUGUGCCUUUCUUUUUUAACAAAUGCAGACUGUUAUGAUCUUACCUCCAUUUGUGCCAUAUACCUAUAUUCUCUUUCAAAGAAUUCCUGUGGCUUUCUCUCUUCUAGACAUGCCAUAGAAGUGAAUAAAAGAGACUACAGAGCGUGGUACGGAUUGGGGCAAACAUAUGAGAUCCUCAAGAUGCCCUUUUACUGUCUCUAUUACUAUCGGCGGGCCCAUCAGCUCAGGUAAAACUGCCCAGUAUAGAUACUGUCCUUGUGUCUAACUCUUUUUAGUAGCUGCCAUUAUCAGUGUAUGGAGUCAGCUUGCUGUAAAUGAAAUAGGGAUGCGCAUUGCCAUGGCUGCCCUGAAAAUUACAAAAUCUAAUGUUUCAGUGCAGAUUGACCAGAGGCAGGGGAUCUUACAUGUCAUUUAAAAUAUAAUCUGAUCUUUACUUUUGCAAAAAAAUAAUGAGAAUUUGGCACUUAAUAUAGCUCCCCCUAUCUCUCAAUUGCUCCCAGACUCUUCCUACUCUACAGUUAAAGGAAGGGUGCAUGGGACAAUCCAAAUUUUAAAACUCAAUUUUGAAAUCAUAACAAGUCCCAACAGCUGGGUUUUAAGUGUUUGAUUUUAGUCUCUUCUUUUGGGACGUUGACAAAAAAAGACUGUUGUGCUACUAGAUUUAAAAGUGGGGGUUAGUGCUCAUUGGGUUUUAGGUAGCUUUAGAAGUCUGAGCUUGUUCGGUCUUUUUGUGAGCCAGCUGAUAGUUUCAUGUUUUUCACAGGCCCAAUGAUUCCCGUAUGCUGGUAGCUCUUGGAGAAUGUUACGAGAAAUUGAAUCAGCUAGUGGAAGCCAAAAAGGUAGGGCGGGACAUGGAUUUGCAUUUGAGCAGCAGCAGUGGGGAUUAUCCUGAACCAGAUAAAGGAAAUGCUAGUGUAUUUCUGCUGUGCUGUUUUGUCAUAACAAUUGAAUUGCCUCUGUCCAUUCAUUGCCUCUUGAGAACGGACUGGUGAAUGUAGGUUAUGUAGCUGGAACAUAGGUACUGGGGGAAAGUGCUAAAAAUUGAGCAGUUUCCAGAACUGAGCUUUUAUUCUGUUUGCACUUUUCUUCCAUGUAAUAAUAGCAAUCAGAUCUUCAGAUGGCAUUAUUUCUUCAUCCUCUGUUCGAAAAAAAGAGGGAAAUAUUGUCCAAAACUUGGAGCUAGGGUUAUUGGAGUUAUCACUCCUAUAGUCUUGUAUUAUGUUACUUCUGAUAUGCUUCAUACUAUUCAUUCAUCUCUGCUAGGCAGGAGUGUAGGCAAUAUCACCUCUGACUCUGGACUAGACAGUUUUGCAUUUGUUGUUUUUUUCUUGACAGUGUUAUUGGAGAGCCUAUGCUGUUGGAGAUGUGGAAAAAAUGGCACUGGUGAAACUAGCAAAGUAAGUAGUAGUUUUAUAUUGCUUUUCUUGGAUAGAUUGGCAAAACCUCCUUAUCUGACCACUGCCUUUUGGACUGAAAUCUUAGUCUGCAGACUUUAUGAUGUGGAUGUUUCCUGUCUUUCUGCAUAGCUCUUAGUCCUUGUGAUCCCAGGAAAUUAUUUAGGGGAAGUACUCCAGAUUAUCUUUGACCUUUAUGGCAGCAAUAUUCUGGAUAACUACUAGUGGUUUUUCCAUAGUUCUUGGUAUCGGCAUGUGCUCUUGGUGCGUCACACAGUGUGCAUUCAUACAGGUACUGGCAAUAACUAAAUGGCUACACAUAAACUAAGUAUAAAAAGUAUUUUAUAAUGUAUAUCAAGAUAAAUAUAAAACUAAAAUUGCUACAGUAGGAAAUGGAAUGUUUGCCUACCUUGAUGAAAAUGACCCCUAGGAAAUACCUGUGAGUGACAGGCGCAGAGAUUAAGACAUUGCUUAAUGUCUUUCCCCCCAUAAAUGCAGCUCACAUUUGAUAGGCUACCUAGGCUUACUCCAAAGCAUGUCAUUUGUUAUUAGGAUAAUCCCAUCAACUACAUAUUGAAUACUUAUAGUGGACAAGAGGUAGCUUCUUCUAUUAUAGUGGUGGUCUUAUCCUUUAAGCAAGAACACACUUUUGCCUUUUUUUCUUCUUUCCCAGGCUUCAUGAACAGUUGAAUGAAUCGGAGCAAGCGGCUCAGUGCUAUAUCAAAUACAUACAAGAUAUCUAUUCUUGUGGGGUGAGUCAGUUCCAAAUGAUUUUGGGAAUGAAAGAGUGAAGGAUAUACAGAGUGGAUAAAAACAGCUGUUGUUGUUUUUUAAAAAAGAAAAACAUUGUAUUUAAAUUGGAUUUUUUAAAUAAAAAGUUGUAAAUACUCAGUUUCUCCCAAGUUAAUACUAAAUCUUGAUAUAAGAAAUGAAUUUACCCUGAACCAAACCAUAAAUACCUUUAUUCUAUUCUAGGAGAUAGUGGAGCACCUGGAAGUAAGCACUGCCUUCCGCUACCUGGCUCAAUAUUAUUUCAAGUGUAAACUCUGGGAUGAAGCCUCAGCCUGUGCCCAGAAAUGCUGUGCAUUCAAUGACGUGAGUACCCAACACAUCAUCUGUGGACUUCUUCACUGGGUCCAAUUCCUGCUUCUACCCACAGUGCCACCACUGAGACCCCUCUUGGGUAUGGCUAUAAUGGUUUGAGGCCACACAUGUGUUAAGUCAUACUUACACAGGAUUUUGAAAGAACCUAAAAGAGAGACUGAAAGCCCAACUCUUUUCUAGAACAACAAUCUAAAUCCUUCAGGAUUGUCAGAGAGCUCACCCAUCUACCUCUAAUAAUAGAACCAAUCAAUAAUACACCAGAUCAUGACAAGAGCUGUGUGAAAAGCAAGUAAAGAAAUCUGCUAACAAGUUUUCAUUCCUUGUGGAAAUGGAGGUAGCUAGUUUUUGCCUGGUAAGAAAUGUGUUGCUAGUUACAUGGAUAAAACAUGAAAAUGUGCAUAUAUGUGCUUGCAGGUCACCCAAAAACAUCUUAGUGGGCUUUAUAUGACCUGCAGGUUAGCUUGCCCAUGAAAUAGAUAAAGAGAAAGCAUGAACAGGAAGUAAAGUAUUUAGAAUCCUGUUGAUGAGUUGGUUUGGCAUGGGGAAUCCUUUUGGCACAGCAGGCCAGAUGUUUCCUACCCCGUUGGGCCAACCUUGACAGGUGGGUGGCAUUGUGAUAUCAGAUGAUUGACAGGUGGGUUGCCCUACCUCACCUGUCAAAGUUUCAUUGUUCAGCACUUCCCAAAUGUUUGACAGCCAGCUUUCUUAAAGGGAAACUUGGUUGUGCAGCUGACAAAGCCAUGUCUCUACCUUCUCCACACCUGAUGUCACAUAGGACACUGGGUAUGGGACAGGUGGGCAUGGUUUAGAGAAAACAGAUUUGCAGGCCAAAUUUGGCACAUGGGCCAGAUGUUCCCCACCCCAGAGUUAGUGAAUAGUUUGCUGGAGUAGCCACUUCAGGGAGAAAUAUAUCAUGGGAUUUGGAGUAUCUAAAGGCUUGCUAGAUCUGACAUUGAACCACAAGUCUGAUUGCAAUUCAGAAUGGCUGAUCUUUGCACAGGAACACCCAUGUGCCCCCUUUCUAGUUAUUGCACUGUGUUUGCUCUUUGCUCAUGCAACUUCAUUUCUCUUGCAGACAAGAGAAGAAGGGAAGGCCCUCUUGCGGCAAAUCUUACAGUUACGAAAUCAAGGGGAGACCUCGUCCACAGAGAUUGCCACACCUUUCUUGCUUCCUUCUUCACUAUCUGCCAAUAACACUCCAACACGCCGUGUGUCACCCCUGAACUUGUCCAAUAUUACACCUUAA